AUGUUUGCGGUCACCCAUCAUGGCUACAAGCGGCACGCGGAGGAGGAGCAAGAGGGCGAGCAACCCAUCACGAAACGACUGGCACGGAUGAGAAUUGGGAAGGAUGAGCAGAAUGGAGUAUUACCGCAUGCGUCAGCACACUAUGCAAUUCCUCAUCACCCACAGCCAACCAUCAGCGCUCCUGCACCCAUUCCUUAUCGCGCUUCUACGGACGAGUUAAUGCCCCUCGAUGACACAAAGGAUAAAGUCUACAUCCACGACCUCGAAUCCGAAAUUGCACAGAUAGAAGCAGAGGAGCUGAAGUGCUUAUUCCUACCUGACAUAGACAGGAAGAUCUCUGCAAUCCCUCAACAAUUACUGCGGUGUCACACCAACAAUGCAAAUACGCAAAUGGUAUUGUACCAAGUACCCUCCUCGAUAUCUGUGCCUGAAGAGCAGGAUCAUGUGAGGAAGGCGAUCAUUGCGACGAGAGCACGGGCAAGAGAGAAACAGGCCCGUGAAGCCGAAGAAACCCAGAAGAAGAUCGAAGAGCAUGUCCAUGACGACCAUAUGAACGGACUGGUUACAGAUCGAGUUGAGGAGCAACCGGAAGACUUUGACCCUGACGCCAUGGACCUGGGCUAA